UUUUACUCUUUGUAAUUCUUUCUGCCGGUGUUGCUGCUUUUAUUUUUACAACUGUUUCCUAUGUUUUAUUGACGUAUUUUUUUAAAUAUUUAUUUCUACAGUUACUUUUGAAAAUGUGGUACAGAACGGUAAUUGUGGGAAUCGUAGCUGUAAGUGUGGGAUUUUGGUACAACUCCCGCCCGGAGCUUCCUGAAACGGUACUGCAAUAUCUGUCAAACUCCUUGUCAAUGUUGCAGCCACCGGGGUCUCCCGAGCGUUCCGUCGAGCAGACCCUGGCUAGUGCAUGGGACACACUCAUCACGGUCCCGGUCCGCCAGUGGAGAAGGGUCGCUGUCGGGGUGAAUGCAUGUGUGGAUAUUGUGCUGUCUGGGAUUGGGUUAUUGCAGGCUCUGGCACUGGAGCCAAGUGGAGGACAGGAUUAUGAAAUCCUUCGCACAAAAGAGGAUCUGAAGCAAACCUUUGUUUUCUUCUUGGAAAAGGGGGUGGCAGCUGAACGGUUCUACAGUGAUAAAGUGACUUUCCAGCAGAUUGCCAGAGCAGCUUCCGAAUACCCUGGAGCACAGCACUUUGUGGGUGGAAAUGCUGCUUUGAUUGGCCAGAAGUUAGCCAGAAACCCAAACCUGACGCAGGUAUUUCCUGUGGUUCAUUCCAUUGGGCUUAAUGAACAAGAGCUGCUAUUCAUCAGCAAGUCUGUAUCUGGUCCUCAUUUAAGUCUGCUCUCUAGGGAUGGUGUCCCAGAUGUUGGUGUGGUAAGUGACAUCAUAUUUUGGAUCCUGAAAGAGUUUGGAAAAACAGACUCAAAAAGCAGAUCCAACUUGACUCGCAUCCACUUUCACACUCUAGCCUACCAUAUUCUGGCCACUGUAGGAGGAUUUUGGGAAAACCAAGUCUCGUCUGUUGCUGCUGGUGCAAGAGUUGCUGGAACCAAAGCUUGUGGCACAGAUAGUAUUGACAGCAAAAGGGUAUUUCUGAAAGCUCCAUUGGAGUUCAGCACUUCUAAGACUGCAGAAUCCACUUGCAUAUCUCUGAAUCUGUCAAGGCCUGUAGCAGAGUGGCAUAGAGAUGACAUUUAUUUUUACUUCACACCUGUAUUAAUAUGUAGGGAUCCGUUACGGACUGUAGGCCUUGGAGAUGCUAUUUCAGCAGAAGGACUGCUAUAUUCAUCGGUAAUACAAGAUAAAUUUAUUUUAUGAAUCAC